AUGGGAGCUAGCAGGGCUUUGCAGACAGAGCCAGGCUUCUGCCUGAGCCGGAUCCAGAAGAUGGCCGCCUUCCUCAAAGAGAUUCCAGCAGAACUUCAUGAAAGCAUCACACAUUUCCUAGGGAAACAGGAGUUUGUCCUGCUGGAUGCUCAACUGCACAUCAAAUCCAAAGUUGAAGAUAUUGUUCUGGUUUUGAUGCCUUGGCGAGCGCUGGUGAUCCUGGCAAAGCGCCCGGUCAAGGUACAAGUUAGCUUCAGCUUCCUAGCUGUGCAGAUGAUCAGGAUGGCAGAAGCUAAUCAGGUUGUCAUAAAGACAGACUCAGCUUCCUUUGAAUUAGAGUUCUUGUCACUGGACGACUUGGAAGAUGCAAUCAUCCAUGUGGUCACUUCCAUUAAGAAGAUAAUUCCGAAUUCUUCACCUGGACUUCUACUCCAGGAUGCUUCCCCUAUCUUGCUUGAUAAAAUUAAAGGGAUAACCGAUUCCUUGGAAGAAGAUCUGAAAGAAAACCAAGGUCCAUGUGGUGGGUUUUCAGAGAUGUACGGCGCCCUCUGUGAUUACACUGGCCUCCCUUUCCAAGAGGAGAUCCAAUGGGAUGUGGAUAAUAUUUAUCACAACCAGGAAUGCAGGGAAUUCAACCUAUUGGAUUUCAAUCACCUGCACAGCCAGCAUGUGGCUCUUAGUGUGGCUGGCUUGUCAUAUAAUCAGUGGUUCACGAGGCUGCAUUGCAAAGACUUCAAAUUGAAUCCAGAUAUUCUGGAGCAGAUCCUCCAUGUCCUCAGUAAAUCCGUGACUUUGGAAGAGCUGGUGCUGGAAAACUGUGGCUUGAAGUUUGAUUUUGCUCAAGAGAUGGCCCAGGUACUCCACGAUCAUCCAGGCUCUGCCUUAAACACAGUUAACCUCUCGGGAAACUUGCUGGAGGACCGAGGCAUAAUUGCUUUGAGCCAGAAUUUUGAGCAGUCUGUCAAGAACCUCAGAAGCUUGAACCUUGCUAGGACCUCCUUGACUCAGAAAGGAAUGAUGGCCCUUUGCCUACCUCUAGUUUCCAGUGGGCGAUGCAGAACUUCUCUACGCCACCUGGACCUCUCAGGAAACCCAGGCUGCCUGGCUGCUGAAGGCACAACAACAGGCGGUUUGCUUUCUUUCCUGAGUCAGCCAAAUGCUUUGGGUCACCUUGAUCUCUCUGGGACAGACUGUGCUUUGGACGUGCUCUUCGAUGCCUUGGCUAGUGGGUGCUGUGAGAACCUCGUCCAUCUGAACCUAUCCAAGAAUGUUUACUCUCGCAAGAAGUACAGAGAUGUCCCUCUUACGAUCAGCAAAUUCUUCAGAAAGGCCUCUGCCCUCCAACAUGUUUCACUGGCUGGAAUCAAGCUGCCAACUGAAGCUCUGAGAGCCUUAUUUCAGGGUUUGGCAUAUAACACCCAAUUGAGCGGCCUACACCUGGACCUCAGUAGCUGUGAGCUGAGAUCGGCAGGUGCCCAGGUGAUCCAAGAUCUGGUUUUGGAUGCCAGCUCAAUCAGUGACUUGAAUUUGUCUGACAAUGGUUUUGAUUCUGACAUGGUGACACUGGUGUUGGCCAUCAGUAGAAGCCGAACCCUCAAGCAUAUUGCACUAGGGAAGAACUUUAACAUCCGGUCCAGGGAGACCCUGGAUGAUACGUUGCACCGGAUUGUUCAGCUCACUCAGGAUGACGACUGUUCUGUUGAAUCCCUGUCGGUGGCAGAAUCCCGCCUGAAACUGGGAACCAGCAUUCUCCUAGACAGCUUGCGAAACAGCAGCAGCUGUCUUGUCACGCUGGACAUCGGCGGCAAUGCUAUGGGAGACGUGGGCGCCAAGAUACUGGCAAAAGCUUUGUCGGUGAAUACAACACUCAGGACGCUAAUUUGGGAUAGGAACAACACGACGUUGAGUGGAUUCCUUGACAUUACUCGUGCUUUGGAAAGGAAUUUCACCCUCAAGAUGAUGCCUUUGCCCAUGAACGACGUAGCCCGGGCUUGCCGAAGCCAUCCAGAGAAAAUGGAGGAAGUCGUGCACAAGAUACAGUCUUACCUUAUGAGGAAUCUGAUUCAAGGGACUCUGCCUAAGGAGAGAUGCAUCCAGACACCGGACACUACAGCCAGCUCUUCUGAACAGGCCGUGAAGGACGCGUGCCAGUCCGUGCAGACGUACAUUGAGAUGCUGAACCCUGUCCAAGAUGUGGAAGUGAAGGCAGAAAUCCUGUGGGCAGAGGAAGCCAUCAAGGAUGCAAACCUUUCCAUUGACAUUUUGCCCAUGUUGUAUGAGGCAGGAACCUCUCCCCACCAGCACAGUAAGCUUCAGCACAAACUGGGAAGCCUUGUUGAGGAAGUCUGUCAGACCUGCAGCAGGGAGAUCCAGGCCGUCGUGCAAGCCAAACUGGAUGCCAUGCAGGGGUUGUGCCCCAAAAUCUUGCAGAAACCUGGCUUUUGGGACAACCUGAUCUUCAGCAUGCCAGAGAAAGCUGUCCUGGACCAGUUGCUGACGGAGGUGUACGACAAGCUCAUGGAGAUCCAGCUGACAGUCACUGAGGCCAUGGCUCAUGGUAUUAUUGAUAAGACCUUGGAGGAGCUGACCACAGUUCAAGGCAAGCUGGCUAAGAACCUCCCAAAACGAGCCAAGGAAUUUCAGGUGGGACACUUUGCAACUGAAGACUGGGACACUUUGCAACUGAGGCGUGGAAGUGUGAGGGACGUCACUGAAGAGGACUUCCAAAACGAAGAGGAUUGCACCCUUAAUAGCCAUCCCUUCACUCCAGAAAAUCCUGGGAACUUGAGGGGAAGUAGGGACCAUAUCCCAGCAGAGGAUUUCGAGUGCUUCACCAAACUAAAGUUUGCAGGAGUCUUUGGAGGUCUAUCGGAACUCGAUUUUAAGGUAGCAGCAGAAGAUAACAAGAUUGGGACUCCCCAGGCUGCGCUGUCACUCAGCCGUGCCUCUGCGAAGUCACGCCCUGCCUCCACAAAGGAUGCUGAGGCUGGGAGCAGGCUGCUUCCUUGCACAGAGCCUGCAUCCGCACAAUCCCUUAUGGACCUGCCGAUCGCAGGAGAGAAAUUGGAGCAUUACACUCGAGACAGGCCCAGGCCCAACCGCAGGAACAGGCAAGCCCCCAGCAAGCCCAAUGUGCAGCCGCCUGUGCGUGAGAAUGAUGAAGACAGAAGCAUCGCCAGGCUGGAUGAAGGGCUAGACGAAUUCUUCACAAAGAAGGUGAUUCACGAACACUUACUCCCUGUUUCGUUGGAAACUUCCCCGGCAGCAACCACACCAACAUCUUCUGGCUCUCGGACCUUCAAGAAGAAGAUAGGACACUUCUUUGCCUUCAAGAAGCCAAAGUCAAGUCGGGGUGCCAGGCCAGAGAAAGAGCCUGACGGUAGUCCCUCUGCUGCGAGGGGCAGGAGACUGAUGCUCAGUGACAUUUUAAGGGCUCCCAGCAAAGCCAGCGAGUCGACUAAAGCGCUAAGCAAGUCUGAGGAAGGAGGGCUGGCUGUGGAGGGCAGAGGUUACCUGGAGCAAAGCCAGACUCCGGACAGCACUCGUAGGGCUCGGCCAAAGUACUCCAGGGAAGGCAAGUCCCAGUCCUUGAUACUCCUGUCAGGGGAGGAUGAAGAGGGACUUGGCGUGAGGCAUGAGAAGAAGAGGCCCUUUGAGAGGAGUGAUGGGGAGCUGCCCAGUUCCUUCGAGCAGCGUGUCCAUGUCAUGCUGCAUCGGAUUGGUGUCACCAAGGUGUUAUCCUCUGAAGGCAAAAAGAAGCAGAGCAAAGAUGGGGAGAUCAAGAAGGCUGGUUCUGAUGGGGAUAUUGUGGACUGUUCGGCAGAGUCUCCUCCUUGCUCUUUGAAAUCACGCACCCAUUCCAUGUCCACAGGUAGGUGUGUUUUUGACAAUCCCUCUGUGCGAAUCAGUGCUGCUGACGCUGCUGGCAGAACUGGUACGGAGCCCAGUGGUGGAUCCGGUGAGGGGAGACUAUCCUGGAAAGCUCUUGGGAAGCAAUUGAAUGCAGAGCUCAAGGGAAAGUGUUCAGAACUCAGCCCUUCUCCAAGAAGAGCUGUGGCCAUUCAGGAGCCCGCCAGCCCCAGAGAGCAGAGAGAUAGAGAGAAUUGGAGCAGCAGUUUGCCAAGGAUUGGGAGAAGCACAGCAGGCCCUCAUCCUGCCAGGAGGACCAGCAACGUUGGAGAAGGACGAUCAUUCGCAGAACUACGGAAUUCAUAUGCUGACAUAAACACGAUUGCAGGAGACAAUCAACUCAAACCCAAACCUCGGCUGAAGCCUGUGGCAAACCGGAGGGCUAUGUCUGUUCACGAGGAACAGCUCAGGGACCAGGCCUGUGCGGCGGAGCUGCACCAUGCAAAACUCCCUCUUUGUCUGCAGCGUUCCCCUAUCCUGAAAUGGAAGAUUAAGCCCAAAUCCAUGUUGGAGCCUGAUACACCUGCAUCAUCUGACUCCCCAGGUACUCCACCCCAAGAAAGGAACAUGGCAGCCACAGAGUCAAAACCAAGAGCAAAAAUGGAAGAAGAGUUGCAACGAGCUCUGGAACAAACUCUAGAGAACGCACAAAACACAGCCCUAGACCAAAGAACUGCUGUGCUACUCUCCAAGUCACCAACGCAAGAGCACUGAGUCAGUAGCUGGCAUUUCCACACGAUGGCAGCUCAAACAAAUGAGCAGACGACGAAAGGCUUACAAUUUGAAGCAGCGGCAAAGCCAGCUGUGAGGGUGGCAAGCAAUUCAGCACGGGGCCACGCAAGACCCGGGCCCCAUCAUGGCUCCUUGGUUGGUACAGCUGCUAUUUCCAGUGAGGAAUAGUGGUGGCUAAACUCCUGCACGUCUUCUGGGUUGUCUCCUUUUCACCUUUCGCCCUUGUAUACUCUCAUGUAAGUGCCCUGUGUUCUAAUGGUUCGCAUGGGAAAAGCGGAAGUUGAGUAUGCAGGAAACUGGCCCAUUCCAGCAGCAGUUGUACAGCUGGGAGCUGGUGCAGAUGCGAAAAUGUAUAGUGCCAGAAACUGAGAACCACCAGCAGGAGCGGGUGGGGAAGGGGGGGGGAAGCUAUUUUACAUACACUAAACUUGCCUGCCUUGCAUUGUAUUUUUCAGGAGUGCGGGGCUCAGCCAGCUUUGUGGUUUGCAGAAACACGGCUAAAAUUAGGGGUGCAGCUAAGCCGCAAAGCCAGGCGUGUCAGUCUCACGUUGACAAUCUUAACUCCUUCCUUCAUCCUGCAGUAUAUCUAUUCCUAUGGUCGUACUUCCUCUGGCCACUUCCCUUCAUAAGCCUAGGAAAAAGAAAAUCUACACAAACAUCCACUGGCACCAGUGAGGUGUUUGGCAUGAAAAAGGCAGCAGGGGUGUGUGUGUGUGUGUGUGUGUGUCUUUCAGCAAGUGAAAACUAAUAAAGUCUCAGCCCCUCCAUUCCACAAUUAAAUGAGGAUGAUAAUUCAAAUCAGCAGAAUUGUCCCUGUCUCAUUUAUUGUGGUAUCAGGACUGUUGUCUUGCUCCCUAAUAUCUACAGGAUCCAGCCGUGCCUUGCUGUAACAAGGAGAGGUGGGAGAAAAGGAGAGGAUAUUAAAGUAACUAAGAAAGGUGUGAGCUAGAGAUGUCAUGCUAAGCCUGGUGCCUCUGUUGAAAUCUACUCUGAGAUGAUUCAUCACAGGCCCUCAGAUGGCUAGUCACGAUUUUCAAACUGUCUUAAAGAGAACACCCUACCCUAAUCUAUUUCUUUUAAGGAAGCGGCAGGUGAUUAUUAGGUUUCAUAGUAUGGGUCACUGUUAAGUUUCCUACAUGCAAAAGCACUUGUGUAUACAAAAGAGGGUGAAUGCACACAUUUUGCAGUACUGAGAAACUGCAACUGACCGACACCACUAAGUGCAGUUCCACUGUGGGCACACCCUGAAAGGCAUAGUCAUCAUACGCGGCAACCUCUAUGUGCUUUUAACUCUGUUUCCUACACCAGAGUGCUUUGGAUAUAGGAAAUUAAAAAUAAGUGAUCUCAAUAAGCCUCAGUUACUUCAGUUCAGGGAACAAGGGACACAGCAGACCACCCACCACUUAAGAUGUUAGGGGAGAUACAGACAGCCAUAGCCUGAGUGGUGGAUACAGGGUUGUCUCAUAGCACCCUUUUGUACUACCAGUAGCAUAGCUCCAACACACAUAGAAACCUGUCUCUGCACAGAUUGCUCUCAAUCUGACAGAAGGUUACAGCUGCUGAACUCCUACAGAUCUUGACAAACACUGAGACCCAGAGGGAAUCUAGCUCUUGUUUUGUUCUUGGUUAUCUGCCAUC